AUGGAUUUUCAAGGACAGGGAGCUGAUAUCGGAGAUAUAACAGAAGUUAUCAAACGAGCAUAUAAAAUUCGCGAGAAAAUGUUUGUUUCAGCUCUUGAAAGAGUUGUUAUGAGUUUAUCAAAUGAUAGAAUUGCUCAUCAAAUGCUGAAAAGCCCAACAUCACAGAAUUUCAUUGGAAAUAGAGUUCAAGAAGUCUUCGAACAAAUCAUUUGCGAUGAUAGAGAAGCUUAUAUUGCAAAAAUUAUUUCUAAACUAGAAGCUUAUGAUGCAAUGUAUAAAGAUGAACAGCAAGAAAUCGUUAAAGCUUUAGGAACGAAGUAUCUCAAGCAGUUUGAUCAACCAAAACGUGGUACAAUUCAACGUAUAAGUCAUAUUCAUGCUUUAGUUGAUAUGAUUCUCAAAUUACGAGCUGAUAUGGAAAGAAUUCAAUCAGACAACAUCGAAAAUGCAAAACUUCUACAAAAUUCUAAGAGAAAAACAAGAAUCGAUUAUACUCCAAGUUCUCCUACAUUUAUGCAUGUUUUUGGCGAAGUAGAUCUUACCGAAAUGUCAAAAACAAUGCACGCAAUGGAUUCAGAGAACAAUUCAUUAAGAGAUUCGUUUGAAAUUCUUCGAAAGAAUACAUCAAAGAUAAUCAGGCUUAUGAGAUCAAAAACAACAGCAGCAGUUUCCCUCCACAACGCAAAGAUCGAAAAAAUGAGUAAAUUGCUCAAAAAAGAAAAAAGUUCGUUAACUCAAAUGCAAACAGAAUUCACCGGACAAAUGGAGCAGCUUAAGACAGAAACACAAGCAAAGACAAUAGAAAUCGAAAAUCUUCGAAAAAUACUGAACUCAAAGCAAAAUGUCGAAAUUCAACUCAACAAUCAGAAAACGAGGUUUGAACAAGACAUGAUUGCUAUCAAACAAGAAAAUGAAGACCUCAAAUCCCAAAAUUCUGACUAUGAAGCCCAAAUUAAUGCUCUUAGGCAACAAUACGACAAACUUUCAAAGAAUGCUGAAAAAUUCAAGCUCCAGAAUGAAGAAUAUACAAAUGAGAUCAAACAGCAAACCGAUGCCGCUGCUGAAUUUGAAAAUCGUCUGAAAAAUAUCACUGUAAGCCAAGAACAGCUUAAAAAGAACCUUGCUAAGGAACAACAAAUUUCUUUAGACUUGAAGAUCAAAUUGGAAGAGAAGACAUCAGAAUCUGUUGAACUUGGAAAGAAAUUAGAACUUGUUAAUCAAGAUUUACAGGACGCACAAACAAAAUAUGCUGCUUCUCGAGAAGAGAAUCAAGCUCUUCAGCAUAAAAUCCAAGAAUUACAAGAUCAUAUCUCAAGUAUUACAAAUCAUCUUGAAAAAGCAAAACUUCAAGUAGAUGAUGCCAAAUUAUCAGCUGAAGAACAAUCAGCACAACGCCAAACAGAGCUCAGAAACAUCAAAAAGCUUUAUUCUGCAAUGCAAUCAGAAAAUGCUCAACAAACUGAGUUAAUUAAUCAACAGAAGAAGCAGAUUGAUGAUUUAACGGGCGAAUCAACUACAUUAAGGAAGAAAUUGAACGACGCAAACAUGGAAAUAAAGAGCAAAUGGGAAUUUGUUGAACAACGCCUCACAUCUGAGAAUCAGAACCUCAAAGAGCGCUUGCAACAAACAUCAGACCAAGUGAAUAACCUUAAUAAGUUACUUACAGAGCUCAGACAGAAGAGCGGCGAAAUGCAACAUCAAAUUGAAAAUUAUGAAGACCAAAUGAACGAAAAGAACGCAAAAUUGGCAGAAAACAAAGAUGUUAUUGAGAAAUUACGUCAAAGCAGACUCCAAAGCAAGGAUAUUAAUACAAAAUUGGAAGAUGAAAAUUCAAAAUUAACCAGAGAAAAAUCAGAUUUAAUGAAUCAAAUGGCAAUUAUGAAGGCACAAAUACAGCGCAUUACUAUCAAGCAAAAUGAACUUCAAGGCUUCAGUAAUGAAAAAGAUGCUCAAAAUGCAGAUCUUAAGAUCCAAAACCAGCAAUUGCAGAGUGAUAUUUCGGAUAUCUUAAGCCACCUUGGCGUUAAAACAGUUAAAGGAGCUCUCCAGGAGAUCGAAAAUGGAAAAAGAGCUUUGGCAUCUGAACAAAACUUACGAGAAUCUCUUGGAAUUUCCAUCAGAGAUGAUGUGAAUAAGAAAGUUAAUGAUCUUAACAAGAUAUUACAACGAAUUUACGGCUUGUUAGGAACAAAUGAUAUAUCUUCUAUAGAAAAUCUUAAGCAAGAAUACGAUCUGGUAGGAUCGAUGGUAAAGAAUACACGUAAACCAUCAGAUGGUGUUGCUCAAUUGAUUUCUAUUCAAGGAGAAGCAUCAGAUUUCGUUUCUCAAGUCAUUUCCUCGUUAACAGGAAACCCUAUGUCACCAAAAGGCCCACUAUUCCCAAUGAAUCCAGCAAGAAACGCACAGAUUAUUGGCAUUCUUAAGAAGACAGCCGAACAAGCCAAGAACGACCAUAAUACUGUAGACACAAUUGUUGAAAGGGCAAUUGGAAUGGGAUAUACAGGCGAUGAUGGCAUCGAAGCUGUUGAUUUCAUUAUGUCGAAAGUUGCUAUAGAAGGCAGACAAGCUGUUCUUGAGCAAAUGAGUGCACAGCUUUCAGAUGUUCGCGCUCAACUUGCCAAAGAAAACCAGUCACAUAAAGAAGAAAUGGACCAAAAAAUUAAAGAACUCGCAGAGAGCCGAAAAGCAGCAUUGCAACUCAGCCAAAAGAACAAAGUUGAGAGAGAAGAACUUCUCGCAAACAAUGUUCAAUUGGAGCAGAGAAUUGCAAAGCUAAAUGAAGAACUCAACUUGGAAAAGAGCUUGAGAAAAGAACUCUCAAGAGUUGGCGCAGGAAUGAGUGCUGAUAAAAAAUUGUUGAAAUCCAAACUUUCUUCACAAGAAUACAGACUGAUUGAGCUUGUUGAGAAACUCGUGAAGAGUGAAAGAGAAUCUAGAGCUAUUCAUGACAACAUGAAGAAGAUUAGAGAAGAAAAUCUUGGAGCAUUUGUAUGA